GGUCGUGAUGGAGAGGAGGAUUAAACAAAGUUUGUGUUUUAAAUCCUAUCCUACAAGUUUUCGUUGAUGAGAUCGUGUGUAACAAUGGCACAACAAGAAAUCGAUACAGAUUAUGAUAAGAUGCAAAGCUUCAACGACAAGAAUAUCGACUUAGAAAACUACAGAAAAUUAGUUAAAUCAUAUUUAGACUUGCAUUUAUACAGCGCUGCAUCAUUCUGGGCAGAUAAAGUUCUUUCGCUAGGAAAUGAGAACCCCAAAGACGUUUAUGCGCUUGCGCAAUGCAUGUUUCUCAUGAAGCAGUACCAUCGAGCCGCUCAUCUCAUCAGGAGUCGUGGACUUGAAAAGACAGACAUAAUGUGCCAUUAUCUAGCUGUGAGAUGCCUAUUAGAGGCCAAAGAAUUCACCGAAGCUCUUCAAGUAAUUGUUGAAAUGGAGAUGUCUACUAACAUCUCUGCAUCUGGUGUCAGUUUUAAUAGCCAAGCAGACAUACUUGAGGUUGCCCCAAGAAAUGUGCAAAGCUCUAUCCUAUAUUGCAAAGGAAGAGUAUACGAAGCAAUGGACAACAGAGCUGUAGCUUUGGAUUGUUAUAAACAAGCACUGCAGUGUGAUGUGUAUUCGUAUCAAGCUUUUGAAGCAUUGGUUCAGAACCAGAUGCUAUCGGCUGCUGAAGAGAAGGAGCUGUUAGAAUCAUUGCCCAUAACUGAGCAGUGCUCAGGUGGCGAAGCCAAAUUACUACGAUUAUUGUAUGAAAGUAAAUUGAAGAAAUAUCAAUCUCCAGCUGAAAAAGAGCCCUCGCUUUGCUGUGGAGUUCAGGGAGUCUUGGUAACUGACAGAUUAAUGGAUAAUUUGGAUAUGGAAGUUUCUAGAGCAGAAAGACUGUAUUACAACUGUGAUUAUCAACAAUGUUUUAGUCUUACUGAAAGGAUCCUAAAGAAGGACCCCUACCAUAGCACAUGUCUGCCUGUGCAUAUCGCCUGCUUAGUUGAGUUGAAGAAAUCAAACGCACUCUUCUAUCUAGCACAUAAGCUAGUAGACUUGUAUCCAGAUAUGGCUCUUGCUUGGUUUGCAGUUGGCUGUUACUACUACGUUAUAGGUAAAAGUGAUCCGGCCCGCAGGUAUUUGGCAAAGGCUACAGCCUUGGAUCGACUAUUUGGACCUGCAUGGCUAGCAUAUGGUCACUCAUUUGCUGUGGAAAACGAACACGACCAGGCAAUGGCUGCUUAUUUCAAAGCUUCGCAACUCAUGAAAGGCUGUCACUUGCCGCUGCUAUAUAUUGGACUGGAAUGCGGUCUGACAAAUAAUCUUAGACUGGCGGAUAAAUUUUUUCAACAAGCUCAAAGCAUUGCCCCGGAUGACCCGUUUGUUAUACAUGAAAUGGCAGUCAUAUCUUUUCAAAAUUCAGAUUAUAAAGCUGCUGAGCAACAAUUUCGAGAAGCUAUGAAAAAAAUACAAGGUGAUUUGCAAGCGGUGAUUCUUCCAAGCAAAUGGGAAGCACUGCUCAACAAUUUAGGACACACGUGUAGAAAAAUGAAAAAGUACGAUGAUGCGUUAGACUACCACCAACAGGCUCUAGUAUUGAAUCCACUGAACCCAUCAACAUAUUCAGCUAUCGGAUUUGUUCAUGCUCUUCGUGGUACCACACAGGAAGCUGUGGACGCUUUUCACCGGGCUCUUGGUCUGCGUAGAGAUGACACUUUUACUACGACAAUGCUCGGUUACGUAAUGGAACAGCUCAUUGACGAAGUACCACCUUAUCCAGAUGCACCACAGGAAACACCGAAAUAUAAGUUCCCAGGGGGUGCGGUAACUACAGGAGGCGGAGAACCUUUUCAAAAUUUAACUGGCCCCUCUCAAGAUCCAAAUAUGGAAACAUUAAGAGUUAAUUUGUUCUCGGGAUGGGGCGAGGAGGCUUCAAAGUCUGAGGAGGAAGCUUUAAGCAAACUAGAGCGAGCUAGAGACAGAGUAGUCGUUAAUUACUCGACAAGUGAUAUGAGUUCAGAAGUAGAAAUGCUAGACCCGUCUGCGGUCCACAUAGACUAUAAAUAAAUGUAGCCUCCGACGUGGGAGAUUUGUGCAAGACUGAAGUGGAGAAAUCUGUAUCAAUUACCACGAUAAUCUUUAAAAACAUUUUCCUUGCAGUACCAUCUUCGUGAGUAUCUUGAUGUGAGAGUAUUCCUGAGCUGCUAAUCCCAAUACUCUCCGGCACAUCCGUAUCAAACACGACAUUGUCGACUGUUAUGAAAAUUUACUAAAACUGUACAAAUUUCAGUGUAAACGUACAGUUAUUACACAGAUGAAAAGAAAAAAUGAAAGUUAUAUUUUAUCCCCGUUAUUUAACAAUCGAGUCGUCUACCUUCUUUCACUGUAAUUUUACACUGGUAGAAUAUACUUUUGUAGCAAUGAAUACAUCGGUCUGUAAUCGAAUUAUUACGGUUCUACAGAUUUGCUGUAUAUAUUAUACUCGUGGUCGAAUUGUAACAUGAUACCUAUUUCA